GUCAGCUCCAAGCUUUGGUCCGCGGCGGACUAGUCUUUUGGACGUUGCCGUGACUGUGACGCUUCAUGGUCCAAACGGCAAGCAAAUUGGAAUUUUGUUAGUUUGGAGAUCAUACCUCUUCGGCAAACUUUGAUUUCACUGCGCCGUCCCAGGUACCAUUAAAACAUCUCUGGUGUGUGAUGGAUGAUGAUUCAUUCAUUAACGGCGUCGAAGACUACAUCAAGCGGUAUAACAUCCAUGAACUUCUCCGGGAUUCGAUCGUCAACCUCUGUCUUUAUCGACCAUCAAAUCCAGUUGGGUAUUUACGUGAAUACUUCGAGAAGUUAGAAACUAAAAGCAUCCCAUGUGGAGCCGAUUCUAUGGAAAAUGGUGGCGUCACUUCGUCACAGAAGUCCAAUAUUCCACGCCAUCUUAGCACAACCAAAAAGCCUUACAGUACUCAUGAAUCAGGCCCGUUGCCGCCUGUUUCUUUCAACCAAUCAGAUAACGUCAAUCAUUUGAAUUGCAAUCACAAGGAGGAACCUAGGUCACACGACGCAGAUUUUGUUGGUGCCAACAACUUUCUUUCCGGGACGUUUUUGAACGAAACUGUUCCCCAGAUCCCGUAUAAUGUGGAUCCAAAUGGAGGUGCUAGUGAAUCCGGUGUCGGGGAAGCUGGCAGUAGCGGUGGUAAUGAAAGUUUUACCACCUUUUCUCCGUCUGGAAGUUCUGAGGUGACUCGGAGACGUUCCCGUCGAGGAGCUGUCAGUGGAGAGGUUUAUACAGAGGAGGAUGCCGCUUCUUAUGUAAAGAAGGUGGUACCAAAAGAUUAUAAGACAAUGACCGCUCUAUCAAAAGCUAUCGCAAAAAAUGUUCUGUUCUCACACCUGGAUGAAACAGAACGCAGUGAUAUCUUCGACGCAAUGUUCCCCGUUCAUCGCAACCCAGGUGAUGUCAUUAUUCAACAAGGCGAUGAAGGUGAUAAUUUCUACAUCGUUGAUCAAGGCGAAGUAGACGUGAGUACCUGUAUGCCACCGA